UUUGUGUUUCUUGAGCUUGACAUCCAUAACCUGCUAUAGUACGUAUAUGCCGAUAUCUGAAAAGCGAAUUUCCUUAGUUUCAGUAUCUGUCUGCUCAAGGAAGAUGAGGCAAGGCAGAGAAGAGGAAAAGGAUGAAAAUUACUCAAUAUGAGGAAAAUAAUACGUUUCAAAAGACUUUCAUAAGUGCGUUGCCAAACGUACACCAGGAAAGUUGUCGUACGUAAAUCUGACAGUCUGGCGACAAUGUUAAAAGCCGGUGUGUAGUCGGCUGAGGCAUCGAGGCUUGAGCGGAGGGACUCGAAUCAGACCACACUGCCAGUCGAUAAGAUAUUUCCGUCCGCGCCACACACCCACAGCCAGAAGCAGUAACCGCCGCCACCACUACUAGUACCGCAGCUUGGCACCUCGCUGCGCCUCAAAACCAGGCCGACUAUCUCUUUGAAAACACUCCACGUGACUUGACUGUACAUCGUAACACAGCGAGAAAUUGGGGCCACCACUCGCUCCAGCACGUUACGAAACUUUUCAAAGGCAGCCGAUGCGAAGAUUUCCACGCCUUGGCAGAACACUGACGCCUGCUGUCAACACUCAACGCAGCACCACUUCAACCGUGUUGCAUGUCCCCCAUACUUAUAACAAAACAGACUCAGUGCUGUUUGAUCUGAGCCUCUCCCGCCACUCCAGACGCAUCGGGCGACAUGAUGCGGCUCAGGACAGCACUCUGGCUCGCGAUGAUGAUGAUGGUGCUGAGCAAUCCUGUAAACGCUCGCAGAAGAAGACCGCGAAACAGAGGCGGCCGUUCACGUUCGCAGCAAAGCGAGCAGUUGUGGAUUCCGCAGAUGUCGGAGGGUCAAGUGGUUGAGCAGGGCGGGACCACUGACCCCUGGCUGCCCGUGAACUUCGUGCAGCCCCAACAAGCCCCGCUGUAUGAAAACCCUUGGUUGCCUCAGGUCCCCGCCAACCUUCCGCGAGACACCUGGGCACCAAUAGAGAUCGAGCAGACGCAGCAAAGAAUCCCUUGGUUCGAGCAGCGGCCGCAGACAAACAGCUGCACCUUCCGUUACGAUGGUGUUCCGAGCGAGUACAUUCACCCUUUCCUUGUGGACACUGAGCGGCAGGAACUCAUCUACCCGGACAUCGUGCGUAGACAGCAGAUCGUAACAUUGACCAGUGGGACUACCGUUCUCGCCUCCUGUCCCGGCAGCGGCAACUACCUCGCCAGAAACAAGCAGCCUCGCGUGUACAUUACCUGCAGGAACUCUCAGCUGUAUCGCGGCAGGAAUCCGGUAUCUUGGGCGGACCUGGGGUGUCACAAGAAGAUCAAACCCACAUUGAAGUCAGGCGAGAGCUGCGGGAAGGACAGCCGCAUGCACUUUAUCGGCUGGGACAUUCGCCGGGGCCUCUACCUUCCCCAGAUAUCGGUCUGCUUUAACAGAAAGCUAGAGACCUCAGUGUUUGUCACCCACACGAUACACGGAAGAUUCAUCGACGCCAAGGUGGUGGAGCCGUCGAGGCCAAGCUUCAAGAGUAACAGGAUGUUCUCGGUGAGCCUGAAUCGCCAGUACAAGAAGGCCAAGCAGAGGGAAUUAGCAUCACAAUACCUGAGGUCGAUGGAUGAGCUUUCCGGCAAGGGGCAGCACUACCUAGCCAAGGGACACUUAGCACCUGACGCGGACUUCGUGCUGGAGGCGGAGCAAGAUGCCACCUAUUAUUACAUUAACGUCGUUCCGCAGUGGCAGGCUGUCAACAACGGGAAUUGGAAGAGCCUUGAGUCUGCGGUGCGGGAGUUGGCUGAGGAACGGCAGGCCACCCUGGAAGUGUACACAGGCACUCACGGCAUCCUGGAGCUGCCGGACGUGAACAGCCACCCCACCACAAUGUUCCUCGGGGGGAAGGUGGUGCCCGUGCCCGCCCUCAUGUGGAAGGUAAUCCAUGAUCCCGCAGCGAACACUGCGGUAGCUAUUGUUGUGAUAAACGACGUGAAGGAGAGACCAUCCUCAGGCUCUUGGAGAUCGAGACACCCGCCGUGCUCUACCGUGUGUUCCGACCUAGGUUGGGUUGACUGGGAAGUUGACGACGUGACCGAGGGAAGGACCUUUUGCUGCACAGUGGACGACCUCCGCCAAACCAUCCCUCACCUUCCAAGGCUGAGUGGAGUGAAUCUUUUCGUGUAGUCAUUUGGUUGGAUAUCAACAUUUUCCAAGUGCUUUAAGGAAUAUGCGUUUUUUAAUACUUAAUGUGUGUGCGUGUGUGUGUGUGUGUGUGUAUGUAGAGGCCUUUGGACAAAUACUUGUGUGGUAUAGCAGCACAUAUACCGUAACAAAGUACCACGUAUGUAUUCUCGUGUUCCAAGCCUCGUUCUCUCUGAGCAAAAGCCAACGGAACAAAGCUCCGGCGCUUUCUCCAAAAUCUGGCUUCCUGCACGCAAUACAACUUGGUCGCUGAAAACACAGAGCUAAGCCUUAACUCCUUGAUCAUUUCACUUGGCCUCUCAGAACUUUGGGCUUGCCUGUGAGCUGAAUAUCUGGGCGAUCAUGCACGAAUGUUAACUGACUGGACACUCAAACACUAACUUUAACUCUCAGACAUUAAGUUCCCCUAGUUCGGUGGAACCAGGAAAGAGAUAUAACGUGUUUUUAAUAGUACCCGGAUUCGCUAAAGCUACGGAAAAAAAAAAAAAGAUUAAUUGCAUCGUCAUUUGUUCCACGGCGAGGAAGGAAUCACAUAUCAUUAAGAGUUACGGAAUUUAAGUUAAUGUUUGUCUAGAAAGUUGCUCCUUCUUGGUAGAUGAAAGAGCUGUGUUUUUAUUUAUGUUAUGUCAACAGGAUCUUCCCUGUCCGGGAUCAGAAAUGACAGGAAUGUAAGUUUUUGAGAGAGAGAGAGAGAGAGAGAGAGAGAGAGAGAGAGAGAGAGAGAGAGAGAGAGAGAGAGAGAGAGAGAGAGAGAGAGAGACUAAUAUAAAAGAAAGAAAGAAUGAUAUGGAACUAAUUCUUCUAUUUAACCAAUUAUUUUUAACUAUAUCAAUUAAUGGUAUCUGGUAUGAUUACUUCCAUUAUAAAUAUAUGACUGUUAUCUUAAGCUACGUUAUUGUAAGUCAGACAAUUACACGGCACUGUAGUAUUAGCCGGAUCAAUCAAUAUCUUGGCAGCAGGCAGGUGCAGACAACGGCGCAGACGAGCCUUCAGUAUGUAGGUCAAGCGAUCCCCUCUCCAUGGCCAUGCAUAUCAUUCAUAAAUGCUGCAGUACAGAAACUCCCUCCAGUCAGUUUAUGGUCAUCUUUAUAAACAAAAUGCUCAAGUCAGUUUCUUUUUUUUUUUUUUAUACUAUUCGGAAAACUAAGGUGAAAGACAUCUCAUUUUCCUUAUUUCCAUAUUACAAGCAUAAAAGUUGAAUCUAAAACUCUCUUUAGUCAGUUUAUCAUCAUUUUCAUAAACAAACUGCUCAAGUCCGUUUCUUUUAUCUUUUUCUUUUAUUAUUAUUAUUCAGAAAAUCACGGUGAAAAAUAUCCCCUUUUCUUAUACAGAAGCUGAAUCUUAUACCACUGUUACUUUGGACAGGUGAAAGACAAAUGCACCAAUAUGUAAAUGAUAAAUUAAAUGAAAUUAAAUAAAUAUAUAUAUAUUGGAAA